AGGAAGUAACGUGUUCUUCUGUUAACUUGAUGCCAAUUGCCGUUUGCUAACAAAACAACGAGAGACUUCAACCGUAGUGUUACAUAUUUCACUGUUUCUACAAGGUUCUAAUUUUCCAAACAUCACAACUACAUGCAAAGAAAUCUGGUUCUACUUGUUGACAAGUCCGUCUGUUCUGGCCGACAUCCUUUUCGUACGCUUGUCAGACGUCAACAAUUCUCAAAAUUGUGCCAGGCCAACCUUGUCGCCUCUAAACAACCAUCUUCACUUGUCCGUUCAAAGUCUUCAGGAGAAAUUUGUCAUUUUACCUACAUAUCCCAUAACCAACGUCUUCUCCCCUGGAAGUUCCUGCAGUGUCUUUUGUCCAACCAGCCCGAUAUGUCGGAACAGAGAUUCCUGGUGGAAUAUGCCAAACGCGGCACCGCAGGCUGUAAGAAAUGCAAGGACAAAAUUCAGAAGGGCAUAGUACGGAUAGGGAAGGUUGUGCCGAACCCCUUCAGCGAGUCUGCGGGGGAGAUGAAGGAGUGGUAUCACGUGAAGUGCAUAUUUGAGAAGCUGGAAAGGGCACGAGCUACCACAAAGAAGAUAGAGGACAUCACAGACCUGGAGGGCUGGGAAGAACUGCAGGAUGAGGACAAGGAGCUCAUUAAUAAACAUGUUUCAGAUCUGAUGGCUAAAGUCAACGCUAGUCCAAAGAAAAAGGUUCAGUCCAAGUUGAACACCUCAGCUCAGCUGAUGUCCCCUCCUGCCGACCCGUCGGUCAACGCCCCGCGGAAGUUCUCAGGCUUCACCGCUGCCAAGGUCGGCAGCUCCAGCGCUCCCAGCGUGUCCUCGUCCUCCUCCAAAGCCGGCGAAGGCAGCGCCCUGUCCAAGCAGCUGUGUGACCCACAGCACAAGGACUGCCUCUUCAGAGAGUUUAGGAAACUCUGCGCCACCGUGGCUGAAAACAACAGCUACAACAGCAAGACUCAGAUCAUAGAGAAGUUCCUGAAGAAGGGCACGGGGGGAGAUAAGUUCCACGGAGAUCUUUACCUGACUGUGAAGUUGCUGCUGCCAGGCGUCGUAAAAAGCGUUUACAACCUAAACGACAAGCAGAUUGUAAAACUCUUCAGCCGAAGUUUCCAAUGCAACCAUGACGACAUGGUGCGGGAUCUGGAGCAGGGCGACGUGUCCGAGACUGUGAGAAUGUUCUUCGAGGACUGUAAAUCUUUCCCACCUGCUGCCAAGAGCCUCCUCACGAUCCAGGAAGUAGACGCAUCCUUGACCCGCCUCGCUCAGCUGACCAAGGAGGACGAGCAGCAGAGCGAGCUGGAGGCCAUAGCUAAAAAAUGCACCAGCAAUGACCUGAAAUGCAUCAUCCGGCUCAUUAAACACGACCUGAAGAUGAACGCCGGAGCCAAGCACGUUUUGGACGCUGUGGAUCCAAAUGCCCACGAUGCCUUCAAGGCCUCCCGUAACCUUGGUGACGUGAUUGAGCGGGUCCUGAGGAAUCAGCAGGAGGCGUCCAAUGGGUCAGGACCCAGGAAGCUGCUGACCGUGGAGGCCUCUCUCCUGACCCCUGUCCAGCCGAUGCUGGCGGAGGCGUGCAAAUCUGUCGACUACGCCAUGAAGAAAUGUCCCAACGGGAUGUACUCUGAGAUCAAGUACGACGGGGAGCGCGUGCAGGUCCACAAGAGUGGAAACACCUUCAGCUACUUCAGCCGCAGCCUCAAGCCGGUUCUGCCACACAAAGUGGCCCAUUUCAAAGAGUACAUCCCCCAGGCUUUUCCUGGAGGCCACAGCAUGAUUCUGGAUGCUGAAGUUCUUCUCAUUGACACAAAAACCAGCAAGCCGCUGCCCUUUGGGACUUUAGGCGUCCACAAGAAAGCUGCCUUUCAAGAUGCCAACGUGUGCCUUUUUGUUUUUGACUGCAUCUACUUCAACGGCGUGAGUCUGAUGGAGAGGCCUCUAAGUGAACGCAGAAAGUUCCUGAAUGACAACAUGGUGGAAGUCCCCAACAGGAUUCUCUUCUCUGAGAUGAAAUACGUCACGAGGGCAGCAGAUCUGGCUGACAUGAUAACUCGAGUCAUCAGAGAAGGACUGGAAGGCCUGGUGCUGAAAGACAUAAAGGGCAGCUACGAGCCGGGGAAACGCCACUGGCUGAAGGUUAAAAAGGACUACCUAAACGAAGGUGCCAUGGCGGACACGGCUGACCUGGUGGUGCUAGGCGCCUUCUACGGAAAGGGCUCCAACGGGGGCAUCAUGUCCAGCUUCCUGAUGGGCUGCUACGACCCAGCCUCCAAGAAGUGGUGCACAGUCACCAAGUGCUCUGGAGGCUACGAUGAUGCCAUGUUGGCUCGGCUCCAGAAGGAGCUGGAUGUGAUCAAAAUCAGCAAGGACCCCAGCAAGAUUCCUGGAUGGCUGAAAAUCGUCAAGAACUAUUAUCCAGAUUUCCUUAUCCGUGAUCCAGAGCAAGCGCCAGUCUGGGAGAUCACCGGUGCAGAGUUCUCCAAAUCAGAGAUGCACACCGCCGAUGGCAUCUCCAUCCGCUUCCCCCGCAUGACUCGGAUCCGAGAUGACAAGGACUGGAAGAGCGCCACCAACCUGCACCAGCUCAAGGAGCUGUUCCGCAUAUCCAAGGAACACUGUGACUUUAAGGUGACGGCCGGGCCGUCCGAGUCCAACGAUGAGAAAGGCUCGUCAGGAGGAGACAGCGGAGGAAGUUCCCCGUUCCCAUCAUCCACCGGGAAAGCUCCACCCAAGAAGACGACCAGCAGCAGCCCUCCUAAACCAAAGGCAGUGAAAUCAGAACCUCGUCCUCCAGGAUCAGAAGCUCCUAGCGCAAAGAAGGUGAAGAAGAGCGAACAAAGCGUUCACAGUAACAGAAAAGCAGCGUCUCAGCUGCUGGAACCAAAGAACGACAAGACGCUGCUGGACAUUUUCAGCGGGAUAAAGCUCUUCCUGCCCGUCUCCGUGCACGACUGCGACAAACUCAGGAGAUACUUUGUGGCAUAUGAUGGAGACCUGGUACCGGAUUACGAUCCCACCUCCGCCACACACACGUUGGCUGAGCCAGAGGAGGACAGCAAGGCUCAGAAAGUCUCCACCUCCUGGAUCUGGGAGUGCAUCCGUAAGAGACGCAUCGUUCCUCCCUGCUGAGAGAGGAACACCAUCAGUGGCUUGGGUUCAGGGCAGGUGUCUCUCUCUUGCUCCAUCUGUCGUGGCUGAAACACAGAUAGAAACAUUCAUGAAAUAAACGCUACACAGACUUUAACUACAGGAGCUGAACAUUUGUAAGAAACCAUGAACUGAAUAAAAACUGCAGUUUGUCUACUGAUGCAACUAAAAUCUGGGGAAAAGAUUUUAUAUGACAUGCUGACUUUAGGGGACAGGUUAGGUGGACCAGCAUGUGUCCAGCUUCACCUUCUGUAUACAAUAAUCAGCUCAUCUGACUUAAAUUAAACAUUAAGGUAGGGCUGCUCGAUUAUGGCAAAAACAAUAAUCACGAUUAUUAUGACUGUAAAUGAGAUCUCGAUUAUUUAGGACGAAUUUUCUAUUUACUAUAAAUGAGAUCUCGAUUAUUUAGGACGAAUUUUCUAUUUAUGUUGAUUUUAUUUGUUUUAUUCAGUCAUAAAAUUGCUCAGGGCACAAACAGGACAAAAAUAAAUAAGAAACAAGAUGAUCACUAAAAUAACUCCUGAUUCCCAGUAUAAAAAGACCAAUAUGCUCAUAGUCUAUGACACAAGGGCUAUAGACCUUGGUUUAACUCAUUUAAGUCUAACCAGUACAGACCCAAAUACCAAUAUCUUGCAAAUACUGACAGCAAGAAUUAUACAGUGGCAUUUAUAACAAAUAAAUGCAAAUAAAUUGAUAUUCACAAAAUGUUGCAUAACAUUUAUUUAGACAUGUCAAGGUGCUGUAGGAGAGUGCACUAGCACCGUGUCCUCAGAGGGAUUAGUUAUUUAUCAGCGUGAGGAACUUAUUUCUACCUUAUUUAUAAACUAUUUAUUUACAAGUCCAUCAGUUAAUGUAAUAAUUGUCCCAACCACAGCUGCACCCCCACCCCCAACCUGGUCUCACAGCAAUCGGGGCAAGCUGCACGUGUGUUUAGCACGCCGCACGUGCACAUUUAGCCGUUUUUAGUGGCUCAGGAGUCCGCAGGUGCGGUGUGUGUGUCACUCACUCUGGUUAAUCCAACAGGGAGCCGGCUCUGAGAGCCGUUUCUUUAGCGACUGACACAUCACUACAUCAUUCCCUUUCCUAAUGUCCUGAAAAACGGUCCGGAGCGCAGGCGGAGUGUUUAGCUAACCUGCAAGAAAUGUCGACGGCAGUUAUCCAGAAAGUAGCUAAGGGUUACCAGAGAUGUUUCUCAGGUGUUCGCUAGGUACUUUUAAGAUUUAAAAAGUCAAGAAGGGGGUCUGAAAAGCUGCUAGAAAUAGCGUCAAAGUCGCCAAGUUGGCAACACUGUAAGGAGCGCUUCAUUUGCAACUCAGGGCAGCGCAAGUGGGAGGAGCAAAUAAUCGGCUUGUUUUGUUUUUUAUAAUCGUUCAAAACUCGGAUCGUAAUCAUGAUUAAAAUUCGAUUAAUUGAGCAGCCCUACAUUAAGGUGAAAAGCCAUGCUGUGUUUGAGAGAUCUGGGACUCUAACCAGCAACCUUCCUUUCCUUAGCCUGAAGCUCACAGCUUUCUCUGUUUAGCAUCAGCGAGACGUUUAGAUUAGCCUUUUAUCUCUUUCUGGCUUUGAGGCGGUUUUAAUGCUCAGCGGGGGACAAACUCCAAAAUAAACCUGCUUCCCAGCACAA